AUGGCUACUCCUUCUACUCAAAUUGUUGAUCAAUCUCCGUUUCUCUCGUCAUCCAGUAAUCCGAUUGAAAUGCAAGGUAAUAUAACUACAUCAUCACCGGUACACGAUGGUUCAACGUUGGACGAACCAGUCCUUGUCACUAUUAAACGUGAUUUGUCGGCUGUGUUAAGGAAAUUUGGCCAUGCGCUGGUACCCCGCGAAACUCAAACAUUGUUAAAAGACUGGGAUCUAUGGGGGCCGUUAAUGCUGUCAACUGUAUUAGCUGUUCUUCUGCAAAGUAAUCCGACAAAGUCUAGUUCGGGAGUACAAUUUGCUGAAGUAUUUUCAUUGAUGGCGAUUGGUUAUUGUCUGUUGCCGUUGUUAUUAGCUGGAUGUAUAAACAAUGUUUUAUUAUUUCUACCAGUAAAAUCAUUCGUAAUAUUAUUAGUAAGAUUUAUCAUUGUUUUCGUUGCAUUUUCUUGGACAAUUUAUGCUAGUAUGAAAUUUUUGGGUACAACACAGCGUCCGAACAGAAAACCAUUAGUGAUGUAUCCUGUAUUCUUAUUUUAUUUUGUUAUUGCGUGGUUUAUUUUACUGCAUGCUCAUCCUGCAUAA